CAAAAUCUGAAGCUGCUGCAAGAAACAGAGAAGUCAAAUGAAAGGACCCACUUUCACAAACUAUUGAGACCUUCCAGAAUGCACCGUUUCAAGCCUGCUUAAAGGAAGAGCUUUGUAGCUAGGAAUUGCUCUCUACUGGACAAGGACAAUGCCCUCCAGGGAAACAUAUGUUUGAGAUUCAGCUACUAUCAUACUGGCUCCCAGGAUCCUAUUUAGGGGAUCUGUGCUUGCUCCAUCAUGAUCUUCCUGGUUCUGUUUGUCUGGACAGUGCCUUGCAUUGCUAAUCAUCUUCUCAGUAGCUUUGUGAAAGCAGAAAGCCAGAAGAGCUCCCGGCAGCUUGUCUGCAGCUUGCCAGGACCACAAGGUCCUCCAGGCCCUCCAGGCUCUCCAGGUUCUCCUGGGACUAUGGGAAGGAUGGGCUUCCCAGGCAGAGAUGGACAGGAUGGAAAGGAUGGGGAGAAAGGAGAGGUUGGAGAAGCAGGUCCAGAAGGUAAAGCAGGAAACUCAGGCAAACUGGGACCAAAAGGAAAAGCUGGAGCCAUUGGCAAAGCUGGUCUCCGUGGUCCAAAGGGUCUGAAAGGAAGCCCUGGGAAAAAUGGAGCACCAGGAAAGAAAGGUCCCAAAGGAGCGCGGGGUGACACUGGGAUGCCAGGACCCUGCAGCUGUGGAGCCAGUAAAGCCAAGUCAGCCUUCUCCGUUGCAGUGACCAAAAGCUACCCAAGGGAGAGACUGCCCAUCAAGUUUGACAAGAUCCUGAUGAAUGAAGGUGGACAUUACAAUGCUUCUAGUGGGAAAUUUGUGUGCAGUAUCCCUGGCAUCUACUACUUUACCUAUGAUAUCACUUUGGCCAAUAAGCAUUUGGCUAUUGGGCUGGUGCACAAUGGACAGUACCGGAUAAAAACAUUUGAUGCCAACACUGGUAACCACGAUGUAGCUUCUGGGGCAACUAUUCUUUCUCUAAAACAAGAUGAUGAGGUCUGGCUGCAGAUCUUCUACUCUGAACAGAAUGGACUUUUUUAUGAUCCUUACUGGACAGACAGCCUUUUUACUGGCUUCUUGAUAUACGCCGACCAGGAUUAUGUCAAUGAAAUAUAAAGA